AUGUCGACUUGGAACAAGCACUACCACUGGAAGACCAAGGGCUGCACGCCUUGGGCCAAGAACCACAUCACCGAGGCGACGGUGGGCAAGACGGUGACGGUGGGCAAGAGCGGCCAUGUCAAGGUGGACCGACUUUCUUCGUUCGAGGGCGAUGUGGAGCUGGGCAACCGCAAGGGCAAGCUCAUCACCAUCUACGACUGCUCGAUCACGUACGCCUGGUCGGGCUCUUCGGACGACGGCACCGAGGCGAGCGGCACCAUCACGUUCCCCGAGAUGAGCCACGAGGUGGAGGACGAGGGCGACGAGUACCGCUUCGAGACCGAGAUGUCGACCAAGUCGUCGGCGGCGGCCAACGAGCUGUACGAUGCCGUGCGCAAUCAGCUUGCUCCUUCGCUGCGUCCCACUUUCCACGCUUUCCGCCAGAGCCUCAUCGAUGCACACGCCAAGGACCUCGGCCACGACAGCCCAUCGGCCUCGGGCGCUGCCACUCCCACCACMACCACGACCACUGCUGCUCCUGCCGCCACUUCCACCACAUCCGCGGCCACGCCUGCCGCUGCGCCCGCAGCCGCCGCCAAGUCGAGCGUGUCAACAAGCUCGAGCGACGUGCGCGUGUCGAGCGAGCUGGCAGUGAGCAUCUCGGAUCUGUGGGACCUGCUCACCAACGCCUCACGCAUCCCCAUGUGGACGCGCGCACCCGCACAGUUCGAGGCCAAGGCGGACACCGAGUUCGCGCUGUUCGGUGGCAACAUCACGGGCAAGGUGAUCAGCGCGGAUGCGCCCAAGCAGCUCAUCCAGAAGUGGCGCACGCCCCAGUUCCCGCAGGGCCACUACGGCACGCUUGCGCUCAACCUUACCGAGGGCGGUGACUCGACCAAGCUCGAGCUCGUGCUCAGCGGAGCUCCCUCGGGCGAAGAGGAGAGCGUCGAGAAGAACCUCGAGACCUACUACAUCCGCGGUCUCAAGUCGAUGGGCGCAGCGCAGCGCGAGACAGCGCAACGAAGCGCCAGGCUUGGGCGCGGAUCACCUUUCGGUUCACUUAGUCAGGCCCAGCCAGCCAGCCCGCCAGCCAGCCUGCCAGCCCGCAGAAGGCUCUCUCGCUCGCGGGCCAUCGCCAGUCUCGUUUGGCGCGCUUCCAACUCUCUCGCCUUCUCAAAUCCGACCUUCCCAUCACCAUCCAUCAUCGGCGCUCGCCACCGACAUCCCCUCUUUUGCGCACUCUGGGAUCCUCUGCGACGCUCACCACUCUCCACCCGAGCACCGCACCGCAUCGCCUCUCCGUAUUCGGCCGUCGAUUCUCUUGCGUCGGCCCACAUCAGCGCGCUGAUCGCACAGCUUCAGCCUACCACACCGUAG